CUAAGAAAGUACUGGGUUUGGAAAGGUCCAAUUUUUUAUUGCUUUAUUUUCUCUCCAAAUACCCCGAAUUUUGAGUAAAUCUUGUUCUGAUCUCCUUUUUUGAAGGAAUCUACAAGUAGGAAAUUAUUUUCAAAAUUAAUUUUAAGGGAAGUAGGUGAAAGUAGGAUCUGGCCAGAGUGGUGAAAGUGCUACUUAUUCUGAUUGAGACGGGGGAAAGUGAGACUGGAUAGAUUUUCUUGUCUCAACUUGCAUCCUAUCACGAAACUACGGCUACUUUUUCACAUCUGAUACAGAAAAGGGAUAAUUUCUUGACAUGAUGCGUCCCAGACUAGUUUUGACGUUUCCUUGUCUCAUCAUCCGUCUUCUCUUCAUCUUUGUGGCCAUCAUCGUCAUACUCGCAACGGCUGUACAACUGAGCGAUAUCGGCCUCACUGAAAACUCCGGUGUGGAUCCACUCUCUUCCAACUUCACUGGAGGACACGGAGGAGAUGACGACUUUGACACAUUUCGCGAUGAUUUCGAGAAACCCAUGCUAUUUUCCGACCUAAUUCCGAAUCCGAGAUUGUAUGACAAAAUGAGACCUCCAAAAAUUGACAACAAACCGACAAAAAUCGGAUUUCACGUCACCGUGAUGGGACUCGACUCUAUUGAUGAGUACUCCAUGACUUAUGCUGCUGACAUAUUUUUCGCCCAGAAGUGGAGAGAUAAUCGCCUCCGAUUACCUGGAAACAUGACAACUGAGUACAGGCUUCUGGAAGUGGACUGGCUGCAGAAAAUGUGGCGACCCGAUUCCUUCUUCAAAAAUGCCAAGCAAGUCACAUUUCAAACCAUGACGGUCCCAAAUCACUACUUGUGGCUGUACAAGGAUAAAAGCAUCCUCUACAUGGUCAAACUUACUUUGACAUUAUCGUGUGCGAUGAACUUUGUGAUGUACCCGCACGACACUCAGGAAUGUAAACUUCAAAUGGAAAGUUUGUCGCACACCACGGCGGACUUGGUCUUCGAAUGGGAAGAGGUGCUUCCCUUGGCCGUGGAUCAAAUUGAACUCCCUCAGCUCCAACUUGUCACAAAUCGGAUUCAAGACUGCACUCAGGUCUAUUCCACAGGAAACUUUACCUGUUUGGAGAUCGUGUUCGUGCUGAAGAGGCGACUUGGCUAUUACUUGUUCCACACGUACCUGCCGACAUGUCUCAUAGUUAUUAUAUCGUGGGUCUCAUUUUGGAUUCAGCCGGAAGCUGCCCCUGCAAGGGUCACGUUGGGCGUCACCUCGAUCCUCACACUGUCCACGCAGCAUGCGAAAUCUCAGGCUGCACUUCCACCCGUUUCAUACCUCAAGGCGAUUGAUCUCUUCAUGUCGGCUUGCACGAUAUUUGUCUUCAUGGCUCUGAUGGAAUACUGUUUGGUCAACAUUUUACUUGGAGAUACCUUUGACGACCCGCCGCCCACUCGUAGGAAUAGGCACCGACCAAGGGUUUAUAAUUUGCGCCCACAACUCCGGACCGCUCCAGCUGCUGUUACUGUGAACAUGACCAAUUUGCAACAGAAUCAGAAUGAGGAUGACAAAAUUGACAGCAACACCACCAACACCAACACCAACACCAACACUGCCACGAUUGAUAUGGAACCCAUGAAUUACGAAAUACCACCACCGCCACCCCCACCAACCUCGAAACCACCAAAGGAUGCGAAUUGCAUACAUGCGGAACGACGCCGACGAGCAUUGGCAGUUGAUCGAAUCUCACGAUUCUUCUUUCCACUGACCUUCACGUUUGUCAACGUGUUGUACUGGUUCCGGUUUGCAUCUUAUCUGUAAAUUCCUGAUUGGAUUGGGCACACUACCACCAGCCCAGCAACUAUGGAUAAAAACACCUCUGGAAAUAUAUUUAGUAACCAAUCAAUUCAGUUGACUGAAGCUGUAAGCUUGUCAACAUAAAAUGAACAAAGGGUUUGAUCUUGUACUCUGAAUGUAUGUAAUAUGAUAUAGUAGCGAGCUGUAGGAGUAGAGUAGAUAGUUUUUGUAUGCAUAU